AUGUAUCAGAAUGACACUUGUUCAACAUCUUACAGAGUAGCUCAUAAAUAUCAACCAAGUGACACCUUAGAUAGCAAUGUAAGUUUAUUUACAUCAUAACUAAUUUAGUAUAAUAUUUUAUAGGUGUAUAAAUGGCUAAUGACUACUAAAUUAUUUAUUUUAUAAAUUACCUAAAACUAUUUAUGACUAGUUGUAGUAGAUAUAUAUAUAAGUAAAAUAAUGAAAGAAUAAAUUAUUUUAAGUAUAGGUAACAGCUUUAGAUACUCAAAAGAAAUCGAUACCAAACAAUCCAAAUUUGAAACAGUGGAAUUAUGAAACAACAACAAAUAUUAAUCAUGAUUUUAAAUUAAAUACUAUGGAUACAAUGCAAAAGUCACCAAUAUCAGACCGCAAUGAUCGAAUUCGAUAUUUAAUGCCUCAUUGGGAAAAAGUAUUUUUCGUGAUCAUAAAAUAUUUUACUAUAACUAUAAUAAUGACAUUUUUCUAUAGUAUUGGUCAACUUUUCUAAGACCAAUAAACACAAUUACACAAAAUGAAUUCAACAGUAAUUUUACCAAAUCCAAAUUUACUUUAGAUGGUAAUGAAAUACCAAUCUCAUGUGUAAGUACCACAAAAAAAAAAUAAAAUAUCUAUGUAUAAAAUAUUUUUCUUAAAAAUAGAUCCGACCAAAACAAUGUUUAGAUGUUCGUAAAGAUAUCCCUUUAAUGUCAGUACCAACAAUUAGUGAAAAGGGUGUGAUUAGAAAAAGAGAUCCAUAUGUAUCUACUCAAAAAUUGGCUUACAUCAAAAUAAACCCGGUAAGUAAUAAUUUAUGAUACAAUUUAAAAAAUACUAUAUAUGAUACAUGUUCACAUUUAAAAUAUUAUGUUAGAUCACAAAUAAACAAUUAAAUUCUAAAUUUCAAAAACGAAAAAAAAUUUUACCAGAAUAUGAAUCAUUUUAUACCGAACCAAUAUUCAAUCGUUUAAAUACUAUUCGUUUAAUACCUAAUACAUUAAAACAUGUUCCACACAAGUAAUACAAAUAUAAUUUUUUUUUUUUUUUUUUUUUUGGUAAUAAAUCUUAAAUAAAUGUAUUUUAUUUUAUAGUGGUCUUAGAACAGUUAUGUCAGAGUCUUAUAAAACACCAAUUAAUAAAUUAUCAGAAUACGAAAACACUGUUGAAGUACCAAUAGCCAUUCCGAAUUAUCCAAGUUCAGCCCUAAUAUUUACAGUACCUGGAAUGUAUACAACUGAAUAUUCGAUAAUUGGUACACACAAAAGAUGUAAUAUUUAG